AUGAUUUCGGAGGGACGUACUUCUAAAAAUGUGUGUGUUAUUGGUGCAGGUCCAUCAGGCUUAGUGGCUGCUAGGGAGCUUAGAAAAGAAGGGCAUGGUGUGGUAGUUCUUGACCAAAAUCAUGAUAUUGGAGGGCAAUGGCUUUACCAUCCAAAUGUUGAAGAUCAGGAUCCUUUAGGAAAGUGUCCUAUCCUAAAAGUUCAUAGUAGCAUUUAUGCAUCUUUGCGGGUUAUUUCUCCUAGGGAAACAAUGGGUUUUAUGGAUUUUCCAUUCAGAGUACGGGAAGGGAGAGACAGUAGGAGAUUUCCUGGACAUAAAGAAGUUCUCAUGUACUUGAGAGAUUUUUGCGAGUGGUUUGGACUAAAAGAUAUGAUUAGAUUCAACACUAGGGUCGACUAUGUUGGAAUGUUAAAUCAUGAAGAAUGCAAUGAUGAUGGCUUGAAAUGGACAGUGAAAAGCAUUGAGAAGAAGAAGGCUGGUUAUGAUGAUGAUGAUCAGAAGGUGGUGGUGGAAGAACUCUUUGAUGCGGUGGUUGUUGCCACCGGCCAUUAUUCUCAGCCUCGACUGCCUACCAUCAAAGGUAUGGAAGCAUGGAAAAGGAAGCAGAUACAUAGUCAUGUCUAUAGGGUUCCAGAACCAUUUCGCAACGAGGUGGUUGUUGUAGUUGGAAAUUCAUAUAGUGGGCAAGAUAUAUCGAUCGAACUUGUACCUGUGGCCAAGGAUGUCCAUUUGAGCGUCAAAGAUUUGGAAAUUGCUGAGGGCUUAGCAAAAAUUAUAUCCAAACACUGUAACUUUUAUCUUCAUCCACAGAUAGAGUCCCUACAAGAAGACGGACGAGUUACAUUCGUAGAUGGAUCUUUGAUUUUUGCUGACAGUAUUAUAUACUGCACAGGGUACUCGUACUCAUUCCCGUUUCUUGACACUAAAGGAAUAGUAUCGGUGGAUGAUAAUAGAGUUGGACCUCUUUAUGAGCACACAUUUCCUCCCAAGCUGGCUCCCUCUCUCUCAUUUGUUGGUAUACCAAGAAAGAUCAUAGGGUUCCCCUUCUUUGAGUCACAAGCAAAAUGGGUAGCUCAACUUCUUUCAGGGAAAAGAAAAUUGCCAUCACAGGAAGAGAUGACGAAAUCCAUUAAAGACUUCUACAAUUCAAGGGAUGUUGCUGGUAUUCCCAAGCACUAUACUCAUGAAAUAGGCGAGUUUGAGUAUUGUGAUCGGUAUGCAGAUUACAUGGAAUUUCCACAUCUAGAAGAGUGGAGAAAAGUGUUAUGCAGGUCUGCUGUGAAAAAUUCAUAUGCCAACUUGGAAACUUACCGUGAUUCAUAUUCUGAUGAUUAUGAGAUGCUUCAAGUGGCUCAUCAAAGCCCUCACUUCACCCAACUUGGAGAUCAUGCCAUACCUCUCUAA